ACGAAGCUUGAUACGCUGAGUGGAGGCGAGAACGAGGCUUGGAAGGCGGAAGCAGGAAGAAGUGGUGAGAGGCAAGAGAGAGAUUGGAAAAUUGUGGAGGGAAGAGGCAGCUGAAUGAAUUUUACGUCUGUGCAGAGAGAAAAGUAAGAGCUGAGAAAAGUCCAUUUGAGAAAGCAUAUUGUAUAAGAGAAUAGGGGAAGUAAGCAUGAGAGAUGAAGUUAACUAAGGCACAGUAUGAUGAGAUUGCCCGUUUCAUCAACACAUUGAAACCUACACGGCAAUGUAUGAGGAAGCUGAAGGAGAGAUUUCCCUGUCAAUCGCAGUCCACUCUGCUGAGCAUCUUCUCCCAGGAGUACCAGAAGCUUAUGAAAAGGACUCAUGCAAGGCAUCAUGCUCCAGACAUUGUGGAAUUUUACUACGAAUGGUACUUAAGUGACAUAGCGACAGACCCAACAGCACCUGUCCUACUCAACCUAGCUAAUGAGGUGGAUUUUUCUCCAGCUCUCAUCGCUCGUAUUGUUUUGGAAAGAUUCCUUCAAGAUCCAGAUGGGCAACCACCCACAAAACCUGUCUUGAAUAGCAUGCUGCGUGAUCCAUCCUUAAUCCCAGAUGCUGUCCUCGCCAACCAGGUACAACAGUGCAUUAUCAAUGACUGUUGUAAUGGACCUUUAGUGGAUUGCAUCAAACAUGCUAUUGGCUAUGAACAUGAAGUGCUUCUGAGAGAAAAACUGAUGGAGAAAAAUCUGGCGUUUUUAGAUGAAGACCAGCUGCGUCUGAAGGGUUAUGAUAAAACGCCAGACUUUAUUCUGGAAGUUCCAGUAGCUGUGGAUGGACAUGUUAUUCACUGGAUUGAAAGUAAAGCCUCCUUUGGCGAUGAGAGCAGUCACCGCAUGUAUCUACAGGAGCAGUUCUGGAGCUACUGGAACAGAUUUGGUCCUGGCCUGGUGAUUUAUUGGUAUGGAUUCAUUGAGGAGCUGGACUGUAAUCGGGAGCGUGGCAUUCUAUUAAAGCAUGAGUUUCCCAAUGAUAUUGUAACUCUGAGUAGCUGCGUGGCUCUGGAAGAUGAGAGCAGCCAACGUAAAAGAGACUGUAAGACAGAUAGAAACCAGGAAACCAUGUAGUAUUUCCAUGCAGGCCUUAAAUGUUGAACUCUAAAUGAACUUCAGUACGAGGUUACAGAGCUGCCUUCUCAUACAAACACUCAGGCAAUCUGUUUACCUUCCUUCCCAUCUGCCCUUCUGCCCUGUGCUACAGCCCAAAGCUCACGCAUUAUCUGUAACACCUCUGCUUGUGCAGAUGAUCUGGAGACAUACUCAUUGGCCUUCCUUCCGUCUGCACCCUUCCAGUUACAGCCAAGAGGAAACCAAUGCUCUUCUGACGCCCUUUUUCUUACAAGUCCCCUGACAUGCCUGCAAAGGACCUGUCUCUGCCGGCUUGUUUUAGACCUCUAUAGUCCAGGGAAAUCAACAUAAAUUUGAAAUUUAACACUGCCAUUGCCUCCUGUGUAUAUAGUCUACUUAAAAUAAUGUAAAGUCUCUUGCUAUUAUUACUGCAUUCUGAAGGUUCAUCUCUGUUAAGGUAUCAAUAUGCCAUGUAUUCUGUUUGCUCCAGGAUCAGUGACACUCUUUUUCUAUACCUUUGUGUAGAGUCCUGGCUUGUAAUGUUAAUAAAGCUGUCCACCCUGAACUUUUAUUUUCCUGUUCAAUAGAAUGUGAUAAAGCAGCCACUCUAGGCCAAAGGUAGUAUUUCCCCAGUGAGUGGAGGGGACCUCCAUUGUAACUUUCCACUAAUGGUUUCUUACAUUGUGACUGGACAGAACUUCAGGCUAUACACUGAAUUUAUUAAUAAAUGUGUAGGUGGAAAUUA